UGCGUAUCAAGUGCAACAACAGGUAUUAGCGGAGAUACUAACUCGAAAUGUUCACACAGAAUAUCUUAGGAGCUUUCUCAAUGGUCAUUCUGAUAAGAAAUCUUCAAGGAGAAAGUUCCUGUUGUGGAUUAUGAAGAUGUCAAGCCUUACAUCGAGCGUAUUGCCAAUGGAGAGCCAUCAGAGAUAAUUUCAGCUCAACCAAUCACUGAGCUCCUCACAAGCUCGGGAACUUCAGGAGGGCAGCCAAAGAUGAUGCCUUCAACUGCCGAAGACUUGGAUAGAAAGACAUUCUUCUAUAACCUCCUUGUGCCAGUGAUGAACAAGUAUGUCGAAGGCUUAGAUCAAGGAAAAGGAAUGUACCUUUUGUUUAUCAAACCCGAAAUUCUUACUCCUUCCGGGUUGAUGGCCAGACCUGUCCUAACAAGCUAUUACAAGAGCAAAUACUUUAUAAACCGGCCUUUCAAUCGGUUUAAUGUUUACACCAGCCCGGACGAGACUAUCUUGUGUCCAGACAGCAAGCAGAGCAUGUACUGCCAAUUACUUUGCGGUUUGGUACAGAGGGACGAAGUUCUAAGGGCUGGUGCUGUUUUUGCAUCUGCUUUUCUAAGGGCUAUCAAGUUUUUGGAGGAUUAUUGGAUAGAGUUGUGUUCUAACAUUAGAACUGGUCAUAUCAGUGACUGGAUCACUGAUCCCAGUUGCAGAAAGGCUGUAUCCCUUAUUCUUAGCAAACCCUGUUUAGAUUUGGCUGAUUUGAUCGAGUAUGAAUGUGGCAGCAAAUCAUGGGAAGGGAUAAUUAAAAAGCUUUGGCCUAAAACAAAGUACAUUGAAGUCAUUGUUACAGGGUCUAUGGCUCAAUACAUUCCUACACUGGAAUUUUACAGCGGUGGACUCCCUCUAGUAUCAACCAUGUAUGCUUCUUCCGAAUGCUACCUCGGAAUCAAUUUGAAACCGCUAAGCAAGCCUUCUGAUGUCUCUUACACACUCCUCCCAAACAUGGCCUACUUCGAGUUCCUACUGGUAGAGAAAAACCACGAAGAAGAAUCUGAGAAGAUCCAAUGCAAUGGUGUUUCUUAUCAGAAUUGCACUCGUGAGGAGAAUAUAAAGUCAAGAAUGGAAAUAAUCGAUCUAGUGGACGUGAAGCUGGGUCACUAUUACGAACUUGUUGUCACAACUUUUACAGGCCUGUAUAGAUACAGAGUUGGAGACAUUCUCAGGGUUACUGGUUUCCACAACAACGCUCAGUUCCGGUUUGUGCAUCGCCGAAAUGUAGUUUUGAGCAUAGACACAGACAAAACAAAUGAAGAAGACUUGUUAAAUGCAGUGACACAAGCAAAAUGCCGCCUGCUCGAGCCGCUUGGCUUUCUCCUGACUGAGUACACUAGCUAUGCUGACACUUCAUCAAUCCCAGGUCAUUAUGUAUUAUAUUGGGAGCUUAAAAUGAAAGGAAAUAAUGAUUUGCCAGAGCUUGAUCAUUCUGUAAUGGAACGAUGCUGCUCCAUAGUGGAAGAUUCACUGGAUUCUGUGUAUAGGAGAUGCAGGAAAAAGGACAACUCGAUUGGACCUCUAGAGAUAAGGGUGGUGAAGCAUGGGACAUUUGAUGCGCUCAUGGAUUUUUGUGUGUUUCAAGGGUCUUCUGUUAACCAAUACAAGACGCCCCGGUGCAUUAAAUCAGACGAAGCCAUUGAGAUACUGGACGCAAGGGUGAUGGGAAGGUUUUUCAGUAAGACAGUGCCAUUUUGGGAGCCAUUUAGGAUGUUGGCUUAAAAAAUGACAAUGAAAUGGUAGUCGUGUAAGUCUAUUGUGGGGUUUCGUUUUCCGACACUGGUGCUCGGAAUCCUUUGAAAUUUUUCUAUAGAAAUUCGUCUUGUUCCAUGUUUUUCUCCUUAAAGGUGAAAGCAUGAUGUCAAUGGAAGUUAUUUAUCCUACAAGACAGCUCUCUCUCAAUGUGUGAAACAGCAGAACACCCUAGCUUGUUCUCCAAAACUAGGUCAUUUUUGGAUUGUAAUUUCUUUCAUUAUGAUGCAUUAUGAACCCUUCCGCUACGAUAAAGAGAUUGACGCCAAGUCACCCGGGAAGAGUGAUCAAAGUUUCAAACAUGUUUGGUUGCGUUGGCGAAAUUUGAAUCAAUGACCGCAAAGCCAAUCUUGGUGCUUCAAAGUGGUCAUUUUGAGAGGAGGCCAAGUCCAAGAUGGCGUUUUCCAUUCAUUGUAUCUGAUUGCCAAAGAAGAAAUGUGCUUGAAGUGUCAUUUCACUAUCACUA